AUGAAUUUAAGUGAGAACUACUAUUUAAGAAAAUGUUAUUUGCAACAAGAACAGGUACCCACUCAAAGUAUGAUAAGAAAGAAAAUGAGCCCACCGCUUGCUGCUGUCUACUUCAAGUCCAUGAAUAAGAAACUGAAAGAACUCGCGGGGCUUGAACCUUCGCUUGCCGGUGGUGGCAGCGAUUGGUACGUCCCUCCAGAAGAUAUGUUAAAAGGUAGAGCAGUUUUGAAACCAGUGGAGAAAACAGUGCUGACCAAGUUAAGCCAUCGCGGUAUAGAGUCACUUGGAGUAGCACUCUUUGAACGGCAUCACAAGGCAAUGCAUGCUCAGAAGGAAAACGAUCUUUAUGAAAGCGAUCUUCAAAGUAGACAGCUUGUCACAGAUAUUGGCAAAGUGGAAUGGUCUAAUCAGGCAACGAUUGCCAAAAAUAAGAAUACCAACCAUCUUAUCAAUGAAGUUAACCGCUUCACUCAAGUAUAUAGACAAUCCUUAGGGAAAAUAGAAUCUUUAUUCCACGAAUCAAUAAUAGUAGAAAUUAACAACACUCGUAAAGUGGCACUUCAAAAAAUGCAACAAAAAUAUGUAACUGAUUUAAAGUGCCAGGCAAAAACAGUUUAUGAUGAUUACGAUAAAAAGCUUAAAGAAGAAAAAGCAAGGCUAAAAGCAGAAUUCGUGCAUCAGUUAGACAUUUCCAACAAAACGCUCAGUGACAUACUACAUGAUAUUAAAGUUGAUAAACACGCGGCCGUUGAAAAUCUCAGGCAAUUCAUUAAAUGCAAAAAUUUAGCUUGCUCAAUUUACGUGGCCCUUAAAGAGAGAGAAGAGUCAUUGAAAACAUUAGAAGAGAUGAAACGUGUGCACACUAAAAAAAUAAAGAAAAUGAGGGAAGAAAUACUGAUCAAGGAAUUAGAAAUUGAUUUAGCAAAAUAUAAAGAAAAGAAGCGACAAGAAUUCUGCAAAAAUUGGAAGAGAAAAGUCUGUCUCUUCGUGAGAAACUUUCAAAAGUUCGUGUCUUAUUCUCUUAAUGAGCUUCCAGAACAUGCUGAGUUCUUCAUAAAUAUGGAGAAAUUGAUGCUAUUACAAAUUAACGACGCGAUUGAAGAUCCGUCUAAUGAAAGUAUUUUUGAAGAACAAGAAAUCCAAUUCCACACUCCGAUUCCACAAUCUGUACCUUUUUAUUUGUUCUGUGACACAGGUUACAAGGCUACAGUCGACCAAGCAUUAUGUCCUAAACGAGUAUCUUCUACAACUUCGCUGUUCCCGGCCAUAAUCAUUAACAGACAAUGUCUGUAUGCAGCCUGCGAUAAUAUCAACGAGUUCAAUAACAAGAUUAAAGAUUACAUUCAGGGCAGUCGUGGGGAUGACGCUGACCUCAACGAUGACUUAAUCUACGAACAUUUUGUGCCAGUAAAUUAUACAUCUUCGCAGCAGUUAUCAGAUAUGAAGUUAGAAAGCUCUUUAUUACAGAUACUGCACCAAGAAAUUGCUAAUCGAGCGGACCCGUCUACACUUCGAGAUGCAUGCCGCUACUGUAAAGACCCUUGGUGUGCAUGCAGUGUUGUAGUUAUCAAAGAACCACAGAAGAGUCAAUUAGCAUCACCUUCAACGUCAUCCAAAUCAUUGGAUCAUGACAUUCCUGUAAAUAUUAAAAUGGAGCAGGACCACGAAAGAGUGCCCACAUUGGAAGGCUAUUGCGCCCAUAUAAAAUCCAAAAAAUGCAGAUGUGCUAAAAUGGCUCGGAAACAUUUAGCUGAAAAUUUACCUGUGUAUAUGAGACAGAUGAAAUACGGCCCUCCUGAAAUACCAAACUAUGAAAUAUGUCCGAUCUCGACACUCAAGGAGUUGGUAGAAGAAGCUAGGAAAAGACGUCCUGCCAUACCGUGUAGUAAGACCCCGAUGAAGACCUAUGAUGAUAAGAGCGCUCAGUGUCUAGAUCAGGAGUUUGAAACAUUGUACUCCGGUAUGAAUGAUUUAAGCGAUAAUUACUACUUGAGGAAAUGCCACUUGCAGCGAGACCAGGUGCCUACUCAGACUAUGAUGAAAACUAAAAUGAGCCCUGCUCUUGCUGCCAUUUACUUCAACUCCAUGACCCCGAAACUUAGAAUAGUCGCGGGUCUCGAACCCCUGCUCAAAGGGGGCGGCACUGACUGGUACGUACCUCCGGAAGAGUUACUAAAAGGUCGCUCGGUAUUAAAACCUAUUGAGAAAAAAAUUCUGUCCAAAUUAAACCAUCAUGGUAUUGAGCUCAUUGGAACAUCAGUCUUUGAUAAGCAUCGCAAAUAUCUGCAAAUAGAAAAGGAAAAAGCUCUUGCAGAGAGUGAUAUGAAAUGGAGAGAUAAUCUUUCAUCAUCUCACGAUGCAAUGGUGGCUGACCUUGCCGCAAUACAUCGCAAAAAGAACACUGAUAACAUUAAAUAUCACUUUAAGCAAUUUACUCAUUUAUAUCGAGAGUCCUUGAGAAUAAUUGAAAAUAUAUUUCAUGAAUCGGCUAUUGCAGCCGUUAAAAAAACCCAAGAAAACGCGAUUGUUUCCAUGCAAAAUAAAUAUUCUGUCUAUUUAAAUCAUCAAGCGAAAUUGAUAUAUGAUGUGUAUGAGAAAAAGUUAAUAGAUGAAAAAUCUAGAUUAAAAGCAAACUUCAUUAAAAAAUUGGAAAAAAGCAAAAAAGGCUUUGACAAGAAAAUUCAUGACAAUAAUGUUGAUAAGCAUAAAGCUUUAAGUGAAUUAAAGCAGUAUUUUGCGUUUCAAAAUCUGGCUUGUCAAAUUUAUGUUGCUCUUAAAGAACGAGAAGAGUGUUUAAUUGAAAUGACAGAACUUCAACGUAAGCACAAAAAGCAAACCAAAAUUCUGGCUCAGAGUUUAGCUACGAAAGAUUUGGAAAUCUUUUUUGAAACUCACAAGCAACGGAAGCACCAAAAAUUUUCAGACAUGUGGAAGGUAAAAUUAUGUCAUGUCGUGAAAAUGUUCCAAACAUUUGUCUCUUAUUGUUUAAACAUGCUUCCGGAUCAUGCAGAAUUCUUUAUAAAUUUGGAGAAACUGAUGUUAUUACAAGUAAAUGAUGCCCUAGAGGACCCCACUGCUGAGAGCAUUAUUACUACAAAAGAAGAAGAAGAAGGCUUUGUCACCCCUGUACCACAAGUUGUACCUUUUCAUAUAUUCUGUGACAGAGGCUACACAGCCCAAGUAGAUCAGGACUUAUGUCCAAAACACGGUGGCACUCCCAGCACUACGCAAAUGCCAGCCAUCAUUAUCAAUAAGCGGUUCUUGUACGCUAACUGCGACAAUUUUGAUCUUUUAAUAAAUAAAAUUAAAGAUUAUAUCCACGGCAAUCGUGGAGAUGACGCUGAUUUAAACGAUGAUAUUAUAUACGAGAACUUAGUACCAGUUACCUACACGCCUUCACAACAGUUAAAAGAAAUACAAUUAGAAAGUUCUCUGUUGGCAGUAUUGAAAGAAGAAAUAAUACAACUGAAUUCUAACAUACCUGACGAUAUUGAUUUAUGCGAGAACUGCCAAACCCCUUUCUGUUUUUGCACCGAUUUACCACGCGCUACCGCAACCUCUGAAAAUAAGCCAAACACACCACAAGAAUUAAAAUCUUCUGAAAAAAGAUCUGUAACCCACAAUAUUCCACUUAAUUGCAUAGGAACACAGGAUCACGAAAGAGAACCGAAAUGGGAGAGUUACUUUUCCUACUUGGAACCAAAAGCGUGUGCAUGUACUAAGACUGCUAAGAAACGUUUAGAACAUAAUUUUCCUGUGUACAUGAGACAGAUGAACUAUCAGCCAUCCACUUUGCCAGACUAUGAAAUGUGUUCUGUUGGCAUUCUAAAGUCUUUAGUAAAAGGAGCUAGAAAAAGAUAUUCUUCUGAUCGUGAAAUCGUACCUGUAGAAGCUCAUGUUGAAUUAAAAAAAGACAUGAGCACUCAGUGCACUGAUGCCGUAUAUGAGAAGUUGUGCACUUGUUUGUCUGACUUAGAAGUUCAAUAUUUCUUUAAUAGUAAUCCUUGUUUAGAUCCGAAUCCAGCACAUGUUGAUUCAUCACGUGACAUCGGGUGCCACCUGGUAGGCAGUGACAUGUCGCCGUCAUUCCUGACCCGCCGAGCUAGUUCCUUUGCUAGCAACAGAGCACGCUCCUUAAGGAAUCUUCUCGGAGGACAACCAGAACUUCAAAUAAUAUUUACAAGAAAUGAUUAG